GGUGAGACCGUUUUCAUUGUUCAAACAAAAGUCUACAUAUUUUCAACAGGAAGCAGCGAAAACUCAAAGACGCAAAUUCUCGAUGCGCUACUCACAAAUGGACAAUAGCAACGCGGUCUAAGCCCGGGGCCCACGACAAGGGAGCACGAGGAGGUCGGCAUAUGAACCAGACCACCGCCCCCGGGAAAACUCACCUUAAACGCUCUCUCCCGCGUAUGGGUCAUAUGGCUCCAUAUCUUCGUCGGCUGGGGGUCUUCGUCGGCUCAAAGGCCGCCCUUCUUGAACUUUCUCUUCGUCGACUCAAAGGCCGCCCCCUUGAAGUGGUAUCUUCGUCGACUCUUGAAGCCGACUCAUCAAGGCUGCCCUUCUUCAUGGCCGCUGGAAUCCUCGUCGGCUCUAGAUCUUGUCGCGAGAACGGAAUUCCUGAAACACAAUGUCAGCACGCCGCUUGUCACAUAUUGGGUGGUCUGGCUCGUGAUCAUAAAUCUAUUUUUGGGCGACAAAGCGGACCACGUGACCGUGAUUUCGCUUGA